UUUUAAUAAAUAAUAGAAAAAUUUAGUAUAAAAAAUAUUAAAAGGAAAAUUAAAUACAAUGUCUGCAGCAGCUUCAGCAUUUUCCAGUUCAGAAACUGAAGCACUAGAAAGGGAAACAGAAAUAGCAGAUGGGACUGAAGUAACUUUUCAACAAAUAUGGAGUGACGAACAGAGUAAAAAUUGCAUAGAAUGGAUUUGCAAAAAUGGUUACAAAAGAGUUUGCUUGCAAUUUCCUGAUAGUUACUUAAAGCACAGCGAUGCUAUAUCCACACAUAUUAAGAGAGCAGUUUCCACUUCUCUUGAGGGUGACAAAGAUUUCAAAGUCUUCAUAUUGGCCGACACAUCUUAUGGAAGUUGUUGUGUGGACGAGAUUGCCGCUGCACAUGUUGAUGCCGAUAGUAUGGUACACUUUGGCAAUGCAUGUCGCAGUAAAGUAUCACGACUACCAGUAUAUUAUUCUUUCCCUCAAUUUGGACUUGAUUUGCAAAAGCUUUAUGAUUAUUUAGCACUAUUUGGGAAAAGUGCAAAAGACCAAGUAGUAACCAUUUAUUUAGAUAUUGGUUACCAUCACCUUUUCGAGGAAACCCAAGAUGAUUUCCUUAAUAUUUUAAAGACUUUUGAAGCAAAAGAAGUGCUAAUUGUUUGUUAUUGUGGCAAUAAAUUUGGUAAACUCUUAGAAUCUGGUGAAAUUUCUAUAAUGGUUGAUGAUUAUGGCAAACAUGUCAAUGAAUUAGAUGACACGCGCUUGUGUUUGUUUGUUGGCAGCGAUAAUCAACGAUUUUUCAAUUUAUCUCUGAGUUCUAAGGCUGCUAAAUGGUUUAUAUAUGAUGCAUCUUCCGGGAGUGGCAGUGAAAAAAAUCCCUUAACAGCCAACUACAUUCGCCGUCGUUACUACUAUAUUGAAAAAUGUAAGGAUGCCGUAACUUUGGGCCUAAUAGUGGCUACACUUACAGCUGAUGGUUAUUUAGAUGUGGUGAAACGUUUACAAAUGAUGGCAAAAUCUCGUGGCAUAAAAACGCAGAUUAUUUCGGUUGGUCGCAUUAAUCCUGCCAAAUUAGCCAAUUUCUUAGAAAUUGAUUGUUUUGUACUGAUUGGCUGUGCAUUUAAUAACAUGUUUGAAUCAAAAGAAUUCUAUAAACCAGUGGUAUCGGUUUUUGAAGCUGAAAUGGCUUUAAAUCCCGCAUGGCACAUGCGUUAUCCUGAAUCAUAUGUUAUGGAUUUCAAACAAUUGCUACCCGAAGGAAAAAGUUUUCUUGAAUUCAAUGCAAAUGAUAUAAAUCAAGAUGAUAUAAGUUUAUUGACUGGACGUUUACGUAAUUGUACAAACGGAGCAAAUGGCAACGACGUUGAGGUGGCCAACUUAUCAGCGCUGAGUGAACAACAGCAAGCUCUUGUAACACAGCCAAGAAUGGAUUUAAUGACCACAAAUACAGGCUUAACAUUCGAAGAUCGUACUUGGCAAGGUCUAGAUCCUGCCCUUGGCCAAACUGAACCAGCUAAACUGCAAAGAGGUCUUAGUGGAAUACCAAUUAAAUACUCUCAUGAUUAAAUAUGUUGGCAUUUUAUUUUAAAAGACUACAAAAUACAUACGAAUAUUUUCUACAA